GGAGUAUUAUAAUUCUAUCCAAAAAAAAGGAAAAGAAAAAGAAAGGCAACAAAACCCCUCCUCCUCUGUUCCACACUAAUAACAAUCAUUUCCUCUCCCCAAGUCUUCUUCCUCACUCACACAGUAACACACACAGCUGUCAUCUUUUUUAUCAUUUAGCUCAAACAAAUUCUUCUGUUCCUUGUCCUCCCAACAUGCAGAGGCAGUCACUGGGCUCACCAGCAGCAAAGCUCAACAUCAAUGGAGUCAUCACCAUCUCCACCAGAGAAUCUUCCUCCUCCUCCUGUUCUUCCCCAUUAUCCGUAUCUUCAUCAACCACAAAAGCAUCUCCUCAGAAGAAACUACUUCUGCCCUGUAAUGAUGAAGAAGAUGGAAAGUCUCCCAAGAAAUUCCACCACAAAUCGGCAUCACCGUUUGGACAUCCUGAGAAGUUCAUUCAUCUCAUCCCUUUGCUCACUCUGUUCUGCAUCCUCGUACUUUACCUCUUCUCUCACAGCCCAUCUCAGACUGGUAAUUUAAUUGAAUCAACCCAUAUAUUCUUUUUCAGUAAUUUCUUCGUUUGAUGAUGAAUUUAUCUCUCUGGGUUUCAGAAUUAGCUCACUUUAAUGGGUUCAACUUCAACGCUCUGUCGAAUUCAAUAGAUUCAACGAACAUGGACGAAUUAUUAGAAACUGGGAAAAAAGGCGAGGUUUUGGCGAUUCGGAGCGCGCGGAAUCUGCAGGGACUGGAUAAGGAAAUUUCGAAAUCCAAAUUAAACAGAAAAAUCGGCGACUUUCGGUUGUUGCGGUAAUCAAAAAUCCCUGUUUCCUGGGUGGGCUGUUUUUCUUUCUUAUCAUUAUCAUCAUUCAAAAGCGUGGUUGCGGUUAUGGCUUCCUCCACUCCGAGUUGACUCAGUCGGUGGGUAACCGUUGAGUUUAAUAUCAGCUGGAAAAAAAAUACGUCCUUCUUUUUAAUUUUUUUUUUUAUUUUUUACCAUUUGGCGUGCACGUGAAUAUAUAUAUAUAUUCUUCGAGUUGUUUUGUUGGGGGAUGAAUUUUUGCACCUUUGCUGCAAUAUCUCUAUAUCAACCCCCACUGUAAAAAAUAAAAAUGGAAAGGAAAUUUACUGUUGCCAAAUUCCGUCUAUGACUCUCUCAUACUAUGUCUAUCACUGUUUUAUCAGGGAAACUGUAAAUAAUAUGCAUUUGAGCCGUUUGGUAUCUUUCGGAAAAGUAUUACUACUUCCGUCCCACGAAAAUAAUUUACAUCGAGUUUUUAAAACAGUAUAAACUUGAAAACUUGACGUAUAUUAUUUUUGUCGGACGAAAGUAACACGUGUUUAUACCGGUAUUCAUUAGUUCAUUUUGAAUGGAUGGCUAGAGAUAUUUAGAUGGUUGGUGGUGAUGCAUACUACUAGUCUACUACUAGUGAUGGGGUCGGGGUAAAUGGGAAAUUUUUACCGAUAUGUGAUUUACCUCAAGUUUUAGGGGUUAAAGGAGUUGUUAAAUGUGGAUAAAGUAGUAGUAGUAGUAAGUGGAGGUGCCAGUUUCCAACUUCCAAGAGUGCGCCAGAAGACUGCUGAAAAACCAGCUGGAAAAGGAGAAAAAAAAAAAGAAAAUGCUACUACUAGUAAUGACCGUUACUGUAAAGCCUCGGGUUCCGGUUUGAUAUUUGACAGCUGGAAUCUAACUGUUUUCCACAUGGAUAUUUUUUUUUUUUUCCUUUCUUCUUCACCUUUUCCAAGUCCCAUUGUAGCAGUAGAGAGAUUAGAGACACUCUACUACUUUAUGAAAAAUAUGCAUUAUUCUUUUUGUUUUAAUGUAAUAAUGAUUCAAUUUUGAAUUUUUUCUCUUAAUAAAAUGUAAUAAAACUUGAAUAAUCAAAAUCAUAAAAGUGUUAC